CCUUAGACCGCUCGGCCAUCCUGACAUCUGCGACGUUUCGCAAAAACAUUAGCUUAAACGAAAACAGAGUUUUUUUGGUUUGUUAUUCACUGAAAAUGUUCUAUAGCAAUGACUGAAAUGUCAAACAACUAAGUUAACUGUUUGCUAGACUGUGACGCAGAAAUGGACUAUCUAACCAGCUCUAAUCCUGGUCUUCUGCUUGCUGUGCUUGUCCAGCAUGAGCGAAGUAGCUUUUCUAGUUCAGCAGGCUUUAAGUCACAUGCUAACGCUAGCUAAUUUAGCGGUCUAGAGAGGGUGUUCUUGCCGGCUACGAAUACCCUGUGCGGUUGCUCAGCCGUAUUCUUCAGCUGUUUACGGUUUAGGGCAACUAUUAUGUGUCUGUACCAUUAAACAUGUAGCUAAAUUUCAACAGGCUUAACAGCGCAACUUAUCUUCUUAAACUGAUUCGGGUCAGUGACGAAUUCCUGAUUACAAUGGCAUCAUCUCCUCCUCACAACUUCUCUUGGGUUGAACCUCAGAAAUUGGCUGGCCUGGCGAUGCCACGAAUGCCUGGUCACUAUGAGUACCUGCUGAAUAACGGUAUCAAACACCUAGUCAGUUUGUCUGAGAGAAAGCCUCCUUAUCAUGACACCUGUCCACAGUUGACGUUGCAUCACAUCAAAAUACACGACUUCUGUGCUCCAACGUUUGAUCAAAUCAACCGCUUCUUAACUAUAAUAGAAGAUGCCAAUUUAAAAGGAGAGGGCGUCGCAGUGCACUGUUUGCAUGGCUUUGGAAGAACAGGGACAAUGCUGGCCUGCUACUUGGUGAAGACUAGAAAAAUCAGUGGGAUUGAGGCCAUUAAUGAAAUCAGAAGGAUACGCCGUGGAUCUAUUGAAACAAGAGAACAAGAGCAAAUGGCAAAACAUCUUACACCUCACUGUGAGAUACCCUAAAGCAACACAGAACUAACGCACCAUGAUUAAAACACAUCUAUUGCGUUCUAUCUUUAUUGCAAUACUGCUAUACACAUUUCUAGCACAUUUCUGCAUUAUUACACAUGUUAUGUGAGUUAUAAGUGUUGAAGCAUUAUUAAAGAUUAUAUAUUUACUGAAAAGGCCUGCCCUGCGAUGGACUGGCGAUUUGUCCAGGGUGUAUCCUGCCUUCCGCCUGAUGACAGCUGGAAUAGGUUCCAGCGGGGGAGCAGUGUAGAAGAUGUGUGCAUAUAUGUGUACUGAAAAGGCAGUGACCAUUUUACCCUAAAAUUGUAUACAUUUAAGCCGAUCUCUAAUCUGGCUUAAACAUAUUUAGUAGCUGUUGAACUGCUAAGGCUACAAUAUUAU